UCCCGGCACUCUUCACGCCGCCGACUCACCCACUGACCGGCCGGCGAUCCAGAAGCUUCCGGAUGUUUCCCUGCAGCGCCGUCCCGCUAUAAGAGCUCAGACGCUUCCUGGGUCAUUUGGAGAUUUCACUUCGGAAACUCGUCGGGAUUUUCUUUCUGAGACCUUUACUGGUCCUAGAAUUCAGGACUUUCCGGGAGUUCUGGGAUCGGUCUGGUAUCCUGCGGUCAUGAGCAGUGGCGCGACGUCCACCGUCGCUCCGCAGGAGCCUCAGGCCUUCAAACGAGCCGUACGGAAGAUCCGAUGUGCCGCCAUGGUGGCCAGCCUGGCCAAGAGCUGGCAGGGCUGGGCCAGCGAGCACGCCGACAGGCAGGACGCCAUCCCGUCCGGCUGGAUGCCUUCGUCCGUCCAGGAGGACGACGGCAAGGGGCGCAGCCACGUGGCCAAGCUGAGCAUCACGCCGCGCGUCAUCGCGGCGGACGCCGGCGACAGCGGCGGGAGUAAGAUCCGAACCUGCUCCGUCACCAAGACGGUCCGGCCGAAGCGCAGCGAGUGCAGCAGCAGCGACGUGGUCAACGCCAUCCGGGGCAGGAUGGAGUCGGGCCCGGAGGACAGCAAGCCCUUCCUCGGCAACGAGUCGCCCACGCGGCGGCGCCAGAUGAGGGCGCUGCAGAGCGCGGCGGGAGGCGGGGGCGGCGUGAUCCAGGACAGGAAGCUGAUGCUGCAGGAGAAGAAGCUGAGCUCCAGGAGCAGCAGCGUGGACACGGAGGACAGCGGCCUGGGGGAGGACGGCGGCCCGGGUGAGGACGGCGGCCUCAGCGACAACGGCGAGCCCAAAGCCGAGCACGGCGACGCCCCGUCCAAACGCCCCGCCGCCAAACACAAGAUCAAGAUCGCCACCAUGGGGGACAUCAAGAGCCGCUGGCAGCAGUGGUCCGAGCAGCACCUGGAGGGCCAGAAGCUCAACCCCUUCAGCGAGGACUUCGACCACGAGUACGCCAUGUCGCAGCGCCUCCGCAAGGGCGACGAGGGCUACGGCCGGCCCAAGGACGGCUCCAAGACGGCGGCCAGGGGCGACCGGGCCCACAAGCACAUCCACAGGGAGAUGGAGGAGAUGGUGUGGAUCAUCAGGGACAUGGGCCUGAAGGACCAGCAGGGCCGGACCGUCAUCUCCUUCGGCCGCCUCUUCGACCGCUACGUCAAGAUCUCGGACAAGGUGGUGGGGAUCCUGCUGCGCUGCCGCAAACACAAGAUGCUGGACUUCGAGGGGGAGAUGCUGUGGAAAGGACAGGACGACGACGUCAUCAUCACGCUGAGGGACUAACGGCGGGAUCCAUGGACGUCUCUCUCCGCGAGGAAUGGAGAUUUAUUGAACAAAAGUUUUGUCGACUGGUUUUCAAAGUGUGAUGUACAUGAACUGUGCGUAAAAUACUGAGACUGUACCUGAACCCUGAGUCCUGUACCUGAACUGUGUGUACACACUCAGACUGUACAUGACAUGUGUGUCCUGUACUUCCAGGAACAGUAUUUUUCCCCCCUUGUGCCUCGCAGGUCGGCCCAGACUCAGCUCCCGGCUCCUGAUCAGCUGUUCUCUUGUACCUGAUGGGUGUGAUGAGGGGAAGCUAUCUUUAGCAUGCUCACCAUGCUCACCAUGCUCACCAUGUCAGCCGCGCUGCAGGAAGGAUCCUCCCAGCUGGAAUUACAAGUCAAACUGCAGAAACUUUCACAGGUUUUCAUUUCAUCCAUGACAAACGUCAAAAGCUGAUGAUUAAAUCUCGUCAGCAGAGAAGGAUUUUCUGUUUUAUCUUUAUGAACUUUAUUUUAUUCAUUUGUUUGUGUAUUUAAAGUGUAAAUUUAGUUGUGUAUUUAAAAUGUUUACUCGUUGACAGACACUGGAUGAGUUAUUUGUGAAACAAAAAGUUUUAAAGGGGCUGUAUCAUGCUUUUUUAGUUAGUCCAAACCCUAGAAAUGGCAUUAACAUGGUAAUUGUUUAUUUUUGGAGCUAAGGAAAAGUCAUUUUGUGUUAAAUA